AUGAUGAACAUCGGCCUUAGCAAGCGCAAUGAGGAUGGCAGCCUCAGCACUACCCACCUCGCACUCCUCGUAACCCUUAUGAUGCUGGUUCUCGUUGGCAUGCUAUGCGUAGGAGGCCUUAUGUUCCUUCGCAGCAUCCGUAGAGCCAGGAAACAAGCCGAGACAGACCCAGAACUCCCAGUCUACGAGAAGCGUCAAUCAAACAUCAACCGUCUGACCAUCACUGCGAUGCCUUACAAGGGCCGCGAGUCCGUCAUCACCUACUCGGAAAAGCAGAACCUCAUGGACAGCCCUACCAGCCCGGUACCCGAGAUCCGCAUCACUUUCCCUGACGAGAUUGACGAGUCUGGCAAGCAACAAUCGGGUCGUGUUGUGGUUGUCCGCGUCGGAGACCACAGCGUUGGACUCGAGCCUGUGCAAGAGGACCUCCCGCCAUACCAGCAAGACGCAUCGGACCGCUUCGACUCGCUCGACCUGGAUCGUAUGGGCGGACUGAAGGAGAAGGACGACAAAUACUACUCAUAA